AUGAAAUCGGGUGCUGGAUCCAAUGCCUACCAAGCUGACCUAAGUGCAGCCUUCGAUACCGUCGACCACACCAUUCUUCUGCAACGCCUGCAGUCCAAAGUUGGCAUUUCUGGCAAGGCCCUGGACUGGUUUUCAUCUUAUUUGUCUGGCAGGAGCCAACGUGUGUCUAUUCAAGCAUCAGAGGUGGACAAGGACAAGCUGCCGAAAUAUGAAGAAGACUUCAAUGAAAUCGAAGAACUCAUGAAGGCGGCUCGCAAUACAUACAGUGAACUGGUCAUUGAUCUGAAAGACGACGUAGCCCCAAACGACAACAUAGCACAUAGCCCGGUCGACCGCAUCAAGUGCCAGAGCCAAGUCUUGAACUCGGAACCAGACUGUGGUGAAGGAGGGUUACCAGUUCAGCAACCCUUAUCCACCAAUGCUGCAGCAGAGAUACCGACAACAGACUGUCCAAGGAGUAACGACGUUCAAAACUCCAAGCUAAAACCACUUGCGAAGGCUUGGCCGACUCCCUCAAAGGAACCGGAAGGUGUCAUCCUAACACUGCAGCGUCAGAUGUUAGAUGUUAUGAACCUUCCGAAGACCAGUUUGAUGUCCUUUGAUGGCAACCCCAUGAACUACUGGGCGUUCAUGAACUCGUUCGACAGUUGUGUGGGGAACUCGUCUGUCAGCAAUGGAGCCAAGUUGAACAGACUGUUCGAGUACUGCAAGGGAAAAGCAGCUCGCGUCAUCCAGCCAUGCGCAAUGAUGAAACCCUCGGAGGGUUAUGCCAAGGCACGGACACUCCUGAAGGAGAGAUUCGGCAAUGAAUUCAAGAUAUCGCAGGCCUGGGUCGACAGAGUAUGCGAGGGCCCUGUUCUCAAAUCGAACAGUGCCGAAGCCCUGCAAGAUUUUGCUGAUGAUGUCCAAGGCUGCAUGGAGACGCUUAAAGCCAUGAACAAGCUCAAUGAGAUUGACUCUCGUAUGAGGAUGGUAAAAGUUGUGGAACGGUUACCAUUCUUCCUGCAGUCCAGAUGGCGUAAAGAGGCAGUGAAGACAGUUGAAGCAACUGGUGACUACCCCAACAUCAACAAGCUGGCCAAAUUCCUGAAUGUGGCUGCCAACGAGGCCAAUGACCCCGUAUUUGGAUCCCUAAACACCAAGUACAAGGACCCAAAACCACCAAGCAGACCUGGAAAUCCAAGGCGAGGGACAACUUUCAAUGUUCAUGCCAAAGUCGGCAUGACACAACAGUCAUCAGAGUCGAAUAAGAAGUUUGGUACAUCAUCAGGGAGAGACGGACAGUCAAGGCCGUGCCAUCUUUGCAGAGGAAAUCAUCGUCUUGACGCCUGUGAUGACUUCAAGAAAAUGUCUUCGCAGAAGCGAAUGGAGGUGGUGAAAGGUAAAAGGCUCUGCUUCAACUGCUUGCUGGCAAGUAACCAUGUAGCUCGAUGGUGCAGGAAGAAGAGCGGUUGUGACAAAGAGGGAUGUACCCGACGACAUGCCAGUUUGCUGCAUGAUGCGAUGCAGUAUGCCACCAGUGUGACAGUUCAGAAGGAUGCACAGGGUGGAGGUGGAACCAAGGCUGACUCACCAACCGUGGGUGCCAAAAGCUGUGUAUGCGGUCCUUCUGAAAGAAAACCAGUGAAGGUAGUCCUGCCCAUAGUGACGGUGAAUGUCAGAGGUAAAGGCCAACACAGCUUUGUCCAGACUCAUGCACUUCUCGAUCCUGGCAGUAACAAAACAUUUUGCUCCCAAGCUCUGCUCGACAAGAUGGGCCUUGAGGGAGAGAAAACCAACCACCUGUCCCUUGAAACGCUCAAUGAUGGAAGCGAUGCUGAAGCCUUUCAGGUGGCUUUGGAGGUGACUGGAACCAUUGGGAAGAUGCGGAAAAGGGAGGUCAUCCAACUACCGAGAGUGUAUGCCCUGGCCAAAUUCCCAGAGCUGAAGAGUUGUGUGGCCACAUCAGCUGACACAAAACAAUGGCAGCACCUUCAAGACAUUGACAUACCCCGGAUGGACGAGACUGAAGUCACCAUACUGGUGGGACAAGACGUUCCACAGGCAUUGAUACCGCUGGAAGUGAGACGAGGCAAUGCUGACGAGCCUUAUGCAACGAGAACUGCACUUGGAUGGACCGUCAAUGGACCAAUCGGUGGGGAGCUGCACCAUGGGAAGGCUGAGUUCAAUUUCAUACAAGCAUGCACGAAGCCAGAGGUCAGCCUUGAUGCCCAAGUCGAACAGUUCUGGAAGCUCGACACACCCCAAGUGCUGGCAGCACGCGUUCCUCAGAUGUCUGUCAAUGACAAGAAAGUGAUUGAUGUGUGGGAAUGCUCUCUGACUAUGGUUGACACGCACUAUCAGAUGGACAUCCCCUUCAGGGUUCUGCCACCACAGUUGCCAAAUAACAGAUCCCUUGCUGAGAAGAGGCUGCAGAGUCUUGGACGACGUCUUGCCAAGAACCCUGAAAUGCACGAUAGAUACAAGGCUGAAAUCGAGAAUCUACUGGACAAGGGAUAUGCAGAACGUGUGCUGAGCAGUGACAUUGAUGCUUCGCCAGGUGGGACCUGGUAUUUGCCUCAUCAUAAUGUGGUCAACCCCAACAAGCCCGAGAAACUCCGCAUAGUCUUUGACUGUGCUGCUGAAUAUGCAGGAACAUCUCUGAACAAGAAUGUUAUGCAAGGCCCCGACAUGACCAACAAGCUGAUUGGCGUAUUGGUGAGGUUCAGAGAGCAAAGAGUAGCAGUUAUGGGUGAUAUAGAGGCGAUGUUUCACCAGGUCAAGGUGACUCCAUCCCACAGAGAUGUUCUGAGAUUCUUGUUGUGGAGAGAUGGAGACAUAGCCAACCAGCCUGAAGUCUUCAGAAUGGCAGUCCAUCUCUUCGGAGGUGUUUGGUGCCCGAGCUGUGCAAGUUAUGCUCUCCACAGAACGGCUGAAGACCACAAGGACGAAUUUGAUUAUGAAGUCAUCACCACUGUGAUGGAAAACUUCUACGCAGAUGACUACUUGAAGUCAGUGGAGAAUGACGAGAAGGCCAUGAAGUUGGUGGAACAACUGUGCAAGCUGCUAUCUAUGGGUGGUUUUCGGCUAACCAAAUGGUUGUCAAACAGUCGGAAGGUCAUCGAAUCCAUCCCGCUGGAGGAAAGAGCCAAGAGCGCUAAAGAAGUCGACCUGGACAAUGGAUUACUACCUGUUGAGAGAGCACUUGGACCAAAAGAGAAGGGUUACACCAGAAGAGGUCUUCUGAGCAUCGUGAGUUCUGUAUAUGAUCCAGUUGGAUUCGUGUGCCCAUUUGUGCUCCAAGCAAAGAAGAUCUUCCAAGAUGAGUGCAAGAGAGGAAAAGACUGGGAUGACGAACUAGAGCCAGGAAACCUUGAGCAGUGGAUGAAGUGGCUGCAGGGUCUACCCAAGCUGGAAGAAUUCAGUGUUCCCAGGUGUAUCGUACCUCAAGAGUUUGGGACACCCACCAGUGUACAGCUACAUCACUUCUGCGAUGCGUCUAUGGUUGCUUAUGGAGCAGUAUCUUACAUCAGGCUGGUAGACAACCGGGGACAUAUCCACACCUCAUUCUUGAUGGGAAAAUCAAGACUGGCUCCCAUGAAGUCGAUGACCAUUCCACGACUUGAGCUCUCGGCAGCAGUCAUGGCAGUGCGGGUGGACAGUAUUCUGCAACGUGAAAUGAGGCUGGAGGUUCAGAGUACCACAUUUUGGACUGAUAGCCAGAUUGUCUUGCAAUACAUCAAGAACACCUCGAAAAGAUUCCAGACCUUCGUCACCAACAGAGUGAAUGUCAUUCACGAUGGUUCGCUGCCAGCUCAAUGGAUGUAUGUGGAUACACGCUCUAACCCAGCAGAUGACGCCUCCAGAGGGCUUGAUGCCAAGCAGAUGUUAUGCCAAUCAAGAUGGAAACAGGGGCCGGCGUUCCUGUCAGCGGAUGAGACAGCUUGGCCAGUGGAGCCUGAAGCAAGUCCGGACCUGCUCCAAGAUGACAAGGAAGUCAAGCAUGAGGCAAAGACUUGUGCUGUGGAGGCAGUUGCUCCAGACGAUGUCAUCAACACACUGCUGAAGAGGUAUUCGAGCUGGCAUCGCUUGAAGAAGAUAGUGGCGUGGUUGUUGCGGUUCAAGGUGUGGCUCCUCAAUCACAGACAGCAGGAACCACAAGUGUCCUUACAGGUUCACGACGUACAGGCAGCUGAGAAGGCAAUCAUUGCACACCUGCAGGAGAAGCACUUUGGUGAGGAAGUGCGUGCUUUGAAAACAAACGGGACGAUUUCCAGGAAGAGCGCAGUAUACAGCCUGGACCCUGUGAUGGAUGAUGAUGGUCUGCUGCGAGUUGGAGGGAGGUUAAAGAUGGCGCCACUCACAGAACAAGCAAAGCACCCACUGAUAGUACCCAGAGAACACCAUGUAGCUGAGAUGCAUCAUCAGACACUACCAUGA